AUGUUAGAGAACUAUGGAAACCUGGCCUCCUUGGCUGGACCUGGUCGCCUUGCUGGAGCAAUUGAAGGAUCCCAGGAAUAUAAGGAGAAUGGAGACAACAGCCAUUUACCCAGCUAUGACUCCACAAGACAUCCAGGAUUUGAUGCCAAACAAUCCAGCAUAGAAGAUGUAUUCCCAAAAUCAAACCUAGGAAUAUAUCAAACAUCUCAGCUCAGAAACUUAAAUUUAAUGAAAGCCUGGGAAUGUCCGAGAGUAUAUGAAAAAUGGAGAGUGUGUUUAAGUGGACAUAAAGAAAUGCAGACAGUUACACAUAAUGCUAACAUCACUGCAAAAAGAAAUCAGCAACAUGAGUCAAAUUGGGAAAAACACCAACUUCAGUCUUCAACAUCUGCAGAGAAGUGUAAGUAUUUAAGAAAAGAUUUCCAUCCUUUUGUGAAACAUACAUGUUCUCUGAAAGGAAAUGUGGAAAAUCUGGAAGGUAAUCUAGUCUCUACUGAAAAUACUCAUUCAGACAAUUCUGAACUUAGGCUUCGACUAAACAUACAUUCAAGCAUGUCUGAACACCUACGAUUUAACAAUGAGUGGGAAAACUCACAAUCUAACCAAUUUGAGGGAUCCAUGACCAGGAGGUCAUUAUUCUUCCCCCAAAAAAUAUUUUCUCUGCAUUCCAAGAUGUAUAAUAUUGAUGAUAAUGGAAGAGAUGUAAUCCAACCGUCAUUGUUCAAUACAUAUUGUGAUGUGGUUAAUACACAACAACGUUGUAUGUGUAAUAAAAUGAGUGAGACUUUAAAUAAGAGCUCCAGCUCCAAUAUUCAUGGUGGACUGAGAAGGUAUUCAGGCAAUGAAACUGGGUAUACGGUUGAAGGAGACUCAAACCUUAAGAAACAUCAGGGACCCAAAUCUUCAAACAAGGAAUCUAAAAGUAAUAAAUGUAGAAAUGCCUUUGAUCAAAUGUCAGGUUUUUCUCUCGAUAAGAGUACUUGUACUGAAGAGAGGACUUGUACUGAAUGUGGUAAGUUUUCUAGUCAGUCUUCAGAACUUCAACAGCACACUGUUCAGAAUCCACAGAAAGAAAACAAGUGUAAGAUAUGUGGGAAGGUGUUUAGUAACUCAUGCCAUCUAAGGAGCAAGAAAAUUCAUAUAGGAAGGAAACCUUUCCAAUGCAGCAAAGUGUGUAACCAUUGCUGACUUCUUACUAAACAUCAGAGAAUUCAUACAGGAGAGAAACAUUACAAAUGUACAGAAUGUGGCAAAGCCUUUACUUACAAUUCAGGUCUUAUUCAACACCAGCAGGUUCAUACUGGAGAGAGACCUUGCGAAUGUAAAGAAUGUGGCAAAGCCUUCACUACAAGUUCGGACCUUUCUCAACAUCACCGAAUUCAUACUGGGGAUAGACGUUAUAAAUGUACAGAAUGUGGCAAGGCCUUUAUUAAGGGUUCUGGUCUUACUAAACAUCAGCGAAUCCAUACUGGGGAGAGACCAUUUUCAUGUACUGAAUGUGGCAAAGACUUUGCUUACAACUCAGCACUUACUCAACAUCGGCCAAUUCAUACUGGAGAGAGACCUUAUACAUGUACAGAAUGUGGCAAAGCCUUUAGUCAUAGUGGCAAUCUCACUAAACAUCUGAGAACACACAUUGGAGAGAAACCGUAGUAAUGGAACAAGUGACGGAAGAGGUUUGCCCUAGACAUGCAUCGGAAAACACAAGAAUUUAUACAAGAAACCUAUGGCAGUGAUGUAACAAAUAGGUAGAAAAGUAUUUAAUCAAAAGUUAAAUUGAAAUGAAUACCAGAGAUUGCAUACUAGAAGGCAUUUCAUCAAUUUUGUUUUCAGAAUUUUCUCUGAAGGAGAAUGAAUGUAGGGAGUACUCCAUAGUUAAAACACAUAGAAGAUGAAUAUAUUAGCAUGAAUUGUGAGAUGAAGGUUGAUGGUUAGAAAGUUACAAUUCAUAGCACUGUGUGUAUGCUUGUUAAUAAUGAUAUGAUUUGAGAUUAUUUGAGAUGAAUGUAAUUCAGCACUCAAGUAAUCCAUACUAUGCCUUCUUUCAAACAUAGGUUUUUGAUGGUUUAUUAAAUAUUAACCUUUUUAUACUGUGUUGCAACCAUUUCUGUCUAUUCUCCAUUAGAAGAUAAAGGAUAUCAUGAUGUUAAGUGGACAAUGACCAUCUAAAUGGAGGUGUUUGUCAUUGAUGUGAAAUAUCUGGAGGUUGCCAUGAUGUAAGUGAUCAUUUAAUCUUUCCAUGUUGUAAAGUAAGACAGAAGUUGGUUGUAAGGUUUCAAUAGUAAUACCCUUCAUUUGUAAGAACACAAUGACAGUUCACUGCAAUAUUGAUGUAUCUUUAUAAUAUCAACCAAGUCAUGAUUGUUACUUGACCAUGUUGAAGUAAAGACAGCUUCUGUGAUAACCUAGAAAUGUAUUAGAAACCCUUCUUGGAAAAGACAUGGAAUUAGUGUAUAUCAUGCUUGCUAAGUGCUUCCUAGGCUUUGUUUGGUAAGCUGUGAAAAUGACAAAUCUCACAUCAUUAUAUCCUAAAACGAAUAUCUUUCUCUGUACUUUUGAUCCGUACUUAAUCAUGGAUCAUACCAUGGAUUGUAAAAGGUUUUAUUUCCACUCUGUGUGAAAUUAAUACAUGGUUAUUAAUAAAAGUGAAUGGCUUUUAG